AGUGGCUCACUACUCACUACCUGACUUGCUUGGCCAGAGUGAGUGAGCGAGCGAGGCCUCGUUGUUGCGGAGGAGCGGGGCAUGGGCGUGCACAUUGCGCAGCACUCUCGCACUCUCUCUCACUCUCGCCAUCCAUGCUCGCAGGUGAGUGGGAGGUGGUGUGGUUGGACGUGGUGGGCAGGACUCGGUCUGUGAAUUUUGGGGGCUUUUGGUCUUACAACCUCCUGGCCUGAGGUCGUCAAUGAGGGUGCUGUGCUAGGUGUUACAGGAUCUAGCCACAAUGAGUAAGGCAAAGAGAGCAGGGUUGGCAGAGAAUGGGGAUGGGGGGAUGAUGGGAGUGGAUGAAUCGGCGCUGGCGUCUGCCAUAGGCAAUGGCGAAGACCUAGCCCCGUUCAUCCGAGCAGCAUUUGAGAAUGGCAAGCCAGAGACGCUGAUUCACCAACUCAAGUAUUUUGUGAAAAAGAAAGAGGUGGAAAUUGAGGACCUUUGCAAGCUUCACUAUUCGGAGUUUAUUCGUGCUGUGGACGAAUUGCGGUAUGUUCUUGUCGACGCAGAUGAGCUCAAAUCUGGGCUUGCAGAGGAAAACAGGCAGUUACAAGAGGUUGGCGAUACUCUCUUACGGAUGCUGGACGCCCUAAUACAGUCCCAUGGAACUAAGAAGAACAUAAUGCAGGCGAUUGACUCGCUCAAAACGUGCACCUCUGUGGUGGAUCUAUGCAUGAGGGUGAAUGAACAUGUGAUGAAUGACAGCUACUAUCCGGCACUGAAGGCCUUGGACAUCAUGGAGCGAGACUUCAUGCCUGUGCUACCUGCUCGAGCCCUGCGCCAGCUUCUAGAAAGGCAGAUCCCUGUGUGUAGAGCACAUAUUGAGAGAAAAGUGAACAAGGAGUUCAACGACUGGCUUGUUCAUAUCCGAAGUGCUUCCCGGGAGAUCGGCCAACUCUCAAUCGGGCAAGCUUCAUCAGCUCGGCAACGAGAAGAAGACCUCCGAGGACGGCAGCGGCAGGCUGAAGAGCAAAGCCGUUCGGGAUCGAAGGAGUUGGUAUACAUGCUAGAAAUGGAAGACUUGGAUGAAGACGACUCCCAGCUGAAAUUUGACCUCACCCCAGUUUACAGGGCAUAUCACAUCAAUACGUGCCUGGGGAUGCAGGACCAGUUUCGCGAGUACUACUUCAAGAACAGGCAGCUGCAGCUGAAUUCUGAUUUGCAAAUUUCCACCACACAGUCAUUUUUGGAGUCGCAUCAGUCAUACUUUGCUCAGCUGGCUGGGUUUUUCAUUGUUGAGGACCGCGUAUUGAGGUCUGCAGGCGGUCUGAUGACUAGUGCCAGAACGGAACAGCUGUGGGAGUCGGCUAUCAGCAAAGUGACCAUCGUCAUGGAAGACCAGUUUUCACGAAUGCAGGAUGCGAAUCACCUCCUUUUAGUGAAGGAUUAUGUUAGUUUGCUUGGGGCCACAUUGCGAAGAUACGGUUACCAGGUCGGACCAUUGCUGGAGGUGCUUGACACGAUGAGAGACAAGUAUCACGAACUUCUUCUAGCAGACUGCCGUUACCGCAUCAACGACGUCCUAGCAAACGAUAAGUCGGAACGUAUGAUGAUGAGGAAAGAAUACGAGUACAACAUGAAUGUGCUGGCUUUCCACCUUCAAAGUGUGGAUGUGAUGCCUGCAUUCCCGUAUAUUGCCCCCUUCUCAGCUACCGUACCUGAUUGCUGUCGAAUCGUGAGAUCCUUCAUCGAGGAUUCUGUCAGCUUCUUGGCUUACGGAGGCCAUAUCGAUUACUACGACCUAGUGAAGAGGUAUUUAGAUAAGCUUUUGGUGACAGUGUUGAACGAGGCGUUACUCAGGCUUGUUCGAAGUCCUAUAUUGGGAGUAUCUCACGCUAUGCAGAUUGCUGCCAAUAUGACUGUACUUGAGACUGCAUGUGACUAUUUUGCGCAACACGCUGCCAAACUUUGCGGUAUCCCUACACGGCUAGUUGAAGGUCCUCAUGGGGCUCUGUCCGCUCAGUCCGUUCUGAGAAACUCGCAAGCUGUGGCACACGACACUAUGAUCAAGUUGGUGAAGUCGAAAGUGGACGAGGUCAUGAAUUCGACUCUGAAUAUUAACUGGAGUCCUGAUGACCCUCCGCAAGGUGCUAACGAUUAUUUGAACGACGUUUAUAUCUAUCUGCAAACCAUUGCGGAAACAUCCCAGGAAAUCCUUCCACCAACUGCGUUCUAUAAAGUGAUCAGUGGGGUUCUUGAGCACAUUUCCAGACGCAUCAUGGAGACCUUUUUGAGCGAGGACGUAAAGAGAUUCAACAUUUACGCGGUGAUGGGCAUCGAGACAGAUUUAACGAUACUAGAAUCUUUUGCUGAUGACAAGUAUCGGACAAGUGUCCAGGACAGAGUACCAAUGGCGCAGCCCUUGAAGUCAUUUCUCGCAGAAGCCCGUCAGACAGUCAACCUCUUCAUGGCCACUCAGCCUGAUCUUUACCUGAAUCCUGUUAUCCGUGAGAGGAACUACGGUGCGCUGAAUCCCAAAAACAUCAUCCUCAUUGGGGAGAAGUUCAAGGAUCUGCCAGAGAAGAUGUUUGGUGGGGGUCGUGGAGGGAGAGUUGUUGCUAAGAAGAAGCUCAUUGAUGCAUUGAUUAAGCGCUUGAAGAACGAGGCUUGAGGAUGAUGCCCAGCAUAGCCAUUAGCAAUGCAAUGCAAACGCCGUAUUAUGUACAUUGUGUACGAUGGGGACGCUGGUGAUGGUUUCUGGACUUGACAGGCUACCGGAGCUAUUAUUAUGACUGCUAUUUGCAACAUUUAAGCAAUUGGGUGCUGCAUUCAGCUAGAAGCCGGGUAUUAUUUCACAUUCGACGUUUGGAGGGUUGCCAGCGGGAGGUUAAUCCCAUGAAGUCAGUCAGUUUCUUAACUCUUUUCUCAGGUAUUUAGUGCACAUACAGUCAACAACAGCUAAUUUUUAAGCCAUGGAAGCCUCAUACAGUCUACUGGUUUUUCCUUCCCUAUGUCUUUAUUUUUGUCAGUUUUUCAGUUCCAAUGGAGACAAGCUGCUCUUACAUCCCACGCAUGCGAUUGAACCGCUGUGUUGAAGAGAGGCGCUUUCUGCAGUAGUAGCUAGUGUAUUGUGAGAGAGGUGGUAGAUACUCAUGUUGUAAUAAGCGAUACAUUCUCCUCAUUAGAUGUCUUAGCGAUGAGCCAUGCUCGUGUUUGUAGUCUUAUUAUAUGUUCAUUUCCGUUGCCGAUUUUUUAAAUAGCACCGCAGCUGAAGUUUUUUAAGGAAGUACUGGUACCAUAUUAUUGCAAUGUUAGUUGAUGGUCUGAAGCUUUGUGCAAGUUUUAUGCAGACCAGUUCUGGGUU